AUGCUGAAUUCCACACCUAAGCGCUUGGUCCAAGUGACUUGUGCUAUACUAUGGUGUCUUCUUGCUGCGGGCCCUGUGUUUGGUUUUGCAGCUUUGAAACCAGUUCUUAUUGCUCAGGGCGUUUACCUGGAUAAGUGUGAUAUCUCCACUACAGAUAGUCAGAUUCCAUGUUCAGAACAAGAUUUGGCAUUGAACUUGUUGUUCACUGUUGCAUGCAUGGUGACCAACAUCUCCGCUUUGCCUGUGGGCUUUAUCUUGGAUAGCUAUGGUCCAAAGACCACUGGCAUCAUCGGAUCCAUGAUAUUGUUGCUUGCAUCAAUUGCCAUGAUUUACGCCCCAAGUACUGAUUUCGUUGACCUUUAUCUCACGAGUUAUACCAUGAUGGCAUUGGGUGGACCCUUUGUCUUCAUCUCAUGCUUUCAGUUGGCGAACUCAUUCCCCAAAAACUCAGGCCUCAUUUUGGCCUUGCUUACUGGAGCCUUCGACACCUCCUCAGCUCUUUUCUUGGGCUACAGAGUCAUUUACUCAAACUACUUUGAGUUGCCCGUGUCGAGCUUUUUCACGUACUACUUAGUCGUGCCUAUAUUCAUCUUUGUCUGUCAGCUUACCAUCAUGCCAACCACUUCAUACAAGACUGUGGGUACUUUGGCUAAAAUAGCCGAGACGUCAAUUGACGAGACUGGCCGUCCUUUGGACAGGAGUAAGCUCUUGGCUGUGGAUAGAGAUGCAGCUUCUGAAGCAGUUGAGCAGCCCAACAUGUCCGAAACAACAAGCUUGUUGAUGAGAAGAGCGUCGUUUGGUGUUCAAGAGAGCGAUAGGAGAAGAGGACUGACCGUUUCAAGAGCCUCUAGGUCCUCCGCUAAAUCAGUGUAUGAGCAAGACGCUGAAGACAAGCUCUUCGAGUCCACUGGUGGUGUCUUUGGAAUAUUGCACGGAUACAGUGUUGACGAGCAGAUGAGGUCUCCGUGGUUCUACUUGAUGGUCAUUUUCACCACUAUUCAAAUGCUCCGAAUUAACUAUUUCGUUGCUACAAUCCGGGCUCAAGAACUCUACUUAUAUGAUGGAGACCAAGAGCUUGCGUCCCGCAUCAACCACUUUUUCGACAUUGCCUUGCCACUAGGUGGCCUCGUUUCUAUUCCUUUCAUCGGCCUCAUUCUUGACAGAUUGAAGACUCUUUCGGUUUUGUGGAUUCUCUCCAUUGUAUCCGUUUCUGUGGGUAUACUAGGUCUUGUUUCGUGGCUUCCAGGCACCUACGCAGGGAUCAUCUUGCUUGUGGUUUACAGACCAUUUUACUAUACUGCCGUUUCUGACUUUUGUGCCAAGGUAUUCGGCUUCGAAACAUUUGGUACCGUCUACGGCACUAUCAUUUGCAUUUCUGGCAUCUGCAACAUCUUCCAGCAGCUUUUGGACCGCAUCACGCAUUCCAUGUUCAAUAUGAACCCCGGUCCAGUUAAUUCUGUCUUGACAGUGUUGACUAUUUUGUUUGCUUUUGCCAUGAUUUUCUUUGUCAGAUCCCAAGAGAUGGAGAUGAAGAGGAGAAAUCUAGAGUUGGAGGCACAAAACGCAUCUACUCUGUUGAUUCCCCAUUAA